AUGGCUGAACAUUGUCCUACAUUGGGCGGUCUAAGUGAGAAUGGAUUUAAUCCAGAAUUCGAUCUGAAGCAACUUGUGUUGAAUCCAAAUAAUACAAUGCAUGUUUGGGGUUGGUUAGUAUCAGGAUUUCUUGUCUUGGUAACCACAACCAUCGCAUCGCAUACAAUCAACGAGCAUCUUCAUCACUAUUGCACACCAGAUAUACAACGCCAUAAAGUGAGAGUAAUAGCGUAUCCAGCAGCGUAUGCGAUUCUAGCUUGGCUGUCGUACUUGAAAUAUGACUAUGAAACAGUGAUUCUAUUUUUCGCUCGUCUGUUCGAAUCAUUUGCUGUAUAUAACCUAUACAUGUGUCUACAGUCAUAUUUACAGCCAUACAGACUAAGAAAUCAAGGCAAAAAAGAGCCUAUUUCCACAAAGGUCUUUGGAUUUUAUAACUUCAAGCUUCAAUCAAAAUGGGGCCUUCACUUUCGAGUAAUAACAGACAUUCUUGUGCUUCAAUUCCCUAUUUGGAACAUCAUAUCUGCAUUGAUAUCAAUAUUUACACAAAUCAAAGGUGUUUAUUGCGAUGGCCAGUUCAGCCCUCAUGGAGCAUACGUUUAUUUGGCCACCAUUCAAUUUAUAUCGCUUUCCAUUAUCCUGAUGGCACUUUUCACCUACUUGUCAGUAUACAACGACGAAUGGAAGGAGGGAAAUAUUCGAGCACAUGGUAUGUUUUGGUGUGUAAAAGGACCCAUCAUGGUGAUUUUCUACUUUGGAGAUAUUCUGUUGGCCAUUUUGGGAUACUUUAAUGUGAUAAAGGAUAAGCCAGCUAGUACUCCUGGUGGCACCUACUGGACUGCAGCAGCUAUCAAAAAUGGGUAUUAUGUUUUGAUUAUCUGCGUUUGUAUGGCCGUUGUCGCUAUGCUCAUGCAGAUUUAUUUUGGAUUAGAUGCAAAGGAAUACCAAACAGAAGACCCCGAAUUCAGCUAUUUCGAGGCAGUAUCAGAUGGAUUCUUGGCUUAUAUACCACAAUUUGUAAAGAAUGUAUUCAUGUGCGGUGGAGAUACAGUUGUGCUGGCAAAGAAGCGCAUCAAGUUACGAAAAGAAAGACGACUUAGCGACGACGAACAUAAUUUAUUAUCGCCCUCUGACCGUGAUCUAGAGACUGCAACGGCGCUCGAGAGUGCUACGUCUAUUCAUGAAUACUUGGCUCAACCAGCACCAUCACUACAAAACAACAAGCUUUACGAUGAAGACAGUCGAUACCAGCAGCAGCCGUAUCAUCAUAACUUUAAUGCACUGCCGUUGGAGCCACUAGGCAUCAAAUCAAAUUCAACAUUGCAGGAGCAAUCGAACGAUGAGAAGCCAACUGCUAAUUUCCAACAAAGUAACAGCACAUAUGAAGUUGAUGAAUUAGCCAUCAACCAGCAUCAACAACAGCAGCAAGUACCACAAUCUCCACUACAGCAUUACCAACCAGACCUGGCUAUGCCUCCGCCUCCCAUGCAAUCGAGAGCCCUCAACCGCAAUGAUGAGCCUGCUGUAGAGUCGGUUCAUCAACACUCAAAUCAUUUUACUCCUCAUGAUCUUGAACGUAAAUAA